AAGAAGAACUUAGUAUAUCAAGAAAAACUAGUAAAGAAUUAAGCACUGAAAGAAGUGAAAUUGUAAUAAGAGAUAAUGAUGCGUUACGUAAAAAAGAAUUUGCUGAAAAUAGAAUUAGAGAACUCGAAGGACAACAUAAAGAAGAUCUUAAUUCAAAAGAUUUUACUGAAUUCGAACUCAAUAAUCAGAUCGUUUUAUUAAGACAGAAAGUUAUAGAUUUAGAAACUAGUUUAAGAAACAUAAGCAAAAGAAGAUUGAAUCAAUCAAUGGGUUUAAAUAGAUCAGAUAAUAAAACUUCUGAACAUGUUGAAAGCAAUAGCAGUUCAGAUUAUGCUAUGCUGCCAAUCACAAAAGAAGAAAAGAGACCACCCAAGCGAAUCAAAAGUUCCAAGAAGGUAGUAAUGAAACUUCCAGCAAGCAAGUUCUGUUCUACAAAAGAUCCACAACAAUCAAUUGCAAUACUUUCUAAACAUUGGGGUAAAUCUAGUGGCGAAUUCUCAUUUCUUCAUAAAAUGCACUUAGCAGAAUCUCUUCCAAAAAAACUUGAUUAUAAUAGUUGCCUUGUUAUAAACCGUUUUGGUGAAUUUUAUUUUUGUAUACCUGAGCCACUUGAAAUACGGGCUGAGAACCAAGGUCCUUUAUUUUCAGAAAAUCAAGAAAAGGAUUGA